CGGCUCUCCGCAAAUCGGACCCGCCGAUUGGUCGCGCACUUCACCGCAAAGCUUUCUGCCCGCGAGGCAUGUUGUACAUUGACAUUGCAUUGACUCACUGAUUCCCGUUACAACUCCAGCAGCAACAGCGGAAGAUCGGCGACAAGCUCAGGGGCAGUUUGAGAGAGGAGCUCUGAAGGCGACUACUAUUGUUGCCCUCUCAGAUUUCACAGGACACAACUCUGAACUAUCACGACUGCUCAGUUCCGUGGUGUGGUCACACGAUAACGGCCCCGGUAGACGAACAAGCUUCCCCGGGACAAGACAGUACAUUUGCAAGAGAGGGAACGCACCCGGCUGCUGAGAGUCUAGUACCCGUGUCAGGCCUGCCUUGGGAAUACUGGAGUGGAACGGGCGAAGAAGUGGUUACUCCUCUGCUGUGCCGACGUGGGAGUCAUACGCCGAUACAGCAUUUGGAACAAGACCCCGGCUGCUCUCUACCAAACCACCACCACCGCAGCAGACUAGAUACUGAGCAAGCUUGACUCGGUCUCAGUCUAACUGGUCAGUGGACUCAGUCGACAAUUUGCAACCCUCAGCCGCUUCUCUGGAAUAUACUGUAUCAGUCUCUUAUCGUCCACCAUGGCUUCUUCCGCCAUGGCUCCGAGUCGGUCCUUCAUCCGCACCUGUAUCCGGCACUACUCUGCGCCCGUGGACUCGUCCAUCCCGGCAUCCAAGACAAAAUACAUCCCUAAUUCAGGGACAUAUCCAAAAGGAUUCAAAGUCAGCGGGACGCACGUGGGCGUGAAGCCAGCCAACAAAACCCAACCCGACCUGGCGUUCAUCGUGUCGGACCGACCUGCCGUCGGGGCUGCCGUGUUCACGACCAACAAGUUCCAAGCGGCGCCUGUGCAAGUAAGCCGAGCUGUCCUUGAAAAGCGAGAGGGCAAAGACGUUCGAGCCAUCAUCGUCAACUCGGGUUGCGCCAACGCCGUCACUGGAGCUGGGGGCCUUGAAGACGCCAAAGCCAUGGCCGAGACAGCGACGGCGGAAAUACAAAAGCACUCCUCACAGCAAACAAAUGCCACUACCUCGUCCGCGGGCCAAGUCCCCAACAGCCUCGUCAUGUCGACUGGCGUGAUCGGCCAACGCCUCCCAAUCUCCAAGAUCCUGUCCAAAAUCCCAACUGCCUACGCCAACCUCGACAAUUCCCACACCGCAUGGCUGACCGCCGCCAAAGCCAUUUGCACGACCGACACGUUUCCCAAACUCCUGUCCACCACUUUCACUCUUCCAUCCCCACGACACAAAGGGAUCGAAUACCGACUUGCAGGAAUGACCAAGGGCGCCGGCAUGAUCCAUCCAAACAUGGCCACUUUGCUAGGAAUCAUGUGCACCGACGCGCCCAUUGACGCCAAAGCACUGAAAUCGCUACUCACCACCGCCGUCAACCAGUCGUUCAACUGUAUAUCUGUUGACGGCGACACGUCGACCAACGACACCGUGGCGAUUUUGGCCAAUGGAGCGGCAGCGGCCGAGGCGAAAGCCGAGGCCAUCACACCCAUCUCCUCAGAUUCAUCUGAAGACUACCUCGCCAUGUCCCACAUCCUCACGACCUUCUCGCAGAAACUCGCGCAACUCGUCGUGCGCGACGGCGAAGGCGCGACCAAAUUCGUCGAAGUGGCCGUGCGCCACGCCCCGACGCAUGCCGACGCGCGCGCCAUCGCCUCGACCAUCGCACGUUCUCCACUCGUCAAGACCGCCCUGUACGGCAAAGACGCCAACUGGGGCCGCAUCCUCUGUGCAAUCGGGUAUACGCCCGAUCUGACUCCUGGCGCCGUGAUUCCGUCCAAAACGAACGUCAGCUUCGUGCCUGCGGAAAACAGCAAAGCAAAAUCCGAAGGAGUCUUGAAGUUGCUCGUUAAUGGCGAACCGGAACAAGUUGACGAGGCGCGUGCCGCGCGCUUGUUGGAGGACGAGGAUCUUGUGAUCGAAGUCGAUCUGGGUACGGGUGAGGAGGAGGCCAAGUAUUGGUUUUGCGAUUUUAGUCAUGAGUAUGUGACUAUUAAUGGGGAUUAUAGAACUUAAGAAUAUAUAGAAACCCAGAGAAGAACAAAACAGAUUUGUAUGGUUGAUAUAGUCUACGUCUUAACUCUCUCAUACAUCCUAGUGCUCCAUACUGCUGACCCGAUACUACAAAGGUAGUGUGCGCUGGCUUCGGCUGGGAAGAGAAAUCCUGUCGAGCGUGAUUCUGAGGAGAUGAACCAUAGGGACGAAAAAGAGCCGUUUGGUUUUCUUAUGUGGUUGUCCUCUGUAAGCCCAGUGAGUACAUAGACUACGACUUGACGAGAUGGUAACAGAGUUGCAGUGUGAGGACCAAAGCACAUCCUCACGUCUAGACAUACGCCUAUUCACCUUUUCAAGUUGAGCAAGCAAUGAACGACAGAUGGACUUGACUUCUUGAAUUUCUGCUCCUGCUAUUUGGGUCCUCGCCUGCCCGUUAAAAGUACAGUGCAGUACAGUAAGUACCCAACAACAUAG